AUGCACUGCUAUAACUAUACGUUGAUAGGAACUGUUGAAGAUGAUAUUGAUGUUGACGUGGAAUGCGUGCAACUGCUUCGUGAGAAUGCUUUUGUCUGGACAAUGAAUUGGGCUCAGCGAGUUGCUUCCGAUAUAUACAAAUGUGCAUCGCAUGCGCCUUUUGCCGCUCUCACAUCUUUCUCAAGGCUCGCUCUUUCAAGAUUUAUAGUAUUUAUGCUGGAAGCAGCGAGUAGGACUGUUUUCUUGCCGAUGGAUAAGGCAGCGUUUCUUCUGUAUGUCGGUGGCAGGCAUGUUCAUCAUACGGCAUGCUGCGCUUUAUGGGAUCAUAAAUCAACAAAAGCAAUUAUGGCUUUCUCAAAUGUUACCUCAUUUCUGAUAACAAAAUAUGGUACUCGCUGUAAUGAACCGAUGCUAGCGCUUUGUAAGUUGAAUGAUUUGUAA